AUGGGUUGGGCAUUGAUCACCGAGAGAAAAGAACUGAAAGACCAGAUCAACCAGACCCAAGACCGAGAAGAAAAGCAGGAAUUGCAAACACGCUACUGGGAGAAGAACCGGAAAGUACUUUUCCUUCCUUCAUUCCUUCUUUCUUUCUUUCUUUCUUUCUUUCUUUGGUCUUUCUUCUUAGAGAUGCUUUCUUUCUUUUCUCAUUUUCUUCGACUGUACGACAUUUGUUUCCUUCUCUUUUGUUCAUUCCUUUCGUUGUUCGUUUGUUUAUUCUUUCAUUCGUUCGUUUCCUUCCUUCGUUUGUUCAUUCCUUUCUUCUUUCCUUCGUUUGUUCAUCACUUCACUGGUUCAUUCAUUCCUUCGUUGGUUCGUUUAUCCAACCCUCCCUUCCAUUCUUCCUUCCUUCCUUUGUUCAUUUCUUUCUUUGUUCGUUUCUUCAUUCCUUCCUUUUUCCUUUGUUCAUUUCUUCUUUCGUUCGUUUGUUCAUUCCUUCUUUCCUUCCUUUUUUCGUUUCUUCAUUUCUUCCUUCAUUGGUUCUUUCAUCCCUUCCUUCAUUUCUUCAUUCCUUUCUUUUUUCGUUUGCCUAUUUCUUCUUUCGUUCGUUUCUUCCUUCCUUCUUUCCUUCCUUCCUUUAUCUGUGCAUCACUUCUUUCGUUCAUUCGUUCGUUCGUUUUUUCAUCCCUUCCUUCGUUCGUUCGUUUGUUCAUUGAUUCCUUCCUCCUUUCGUUCAUUUGUUCGUUUGUUCACUCCUUCCUUCGUUUGUUCUUUCCUUCCUUCCAUCGUUUCUUCCUUCCUUUGUUCAUCCCUUUCUUCCUUCGUUUAUCCCUUCGUUUGUUCAUUCCUUUGUUUGUUUGGCCAUUUCUUCCUUCGUUCGUUUGUUCAUUCCUUUGUUUGUUUGUUCAUUCCCUCCUUCCUUCGUUUGUUCCUUCCUUCUUUCCUUCCUUCCUUCCUUCGUUUGUUUAUUUCCUCCUUUUCUCCUUCACUUUGCUUCUAAUUAUUUUUUCAAAUGUACCCCGUUUGCUUUUUUCCCAAACAUUUUUCUUUGUUUACCCUUUUCAACAUUGCACCGUUCAUUCAUUUCUCCUUCUUUUCAUUCCUUCUUUCUCCUCUGCGUUUCUCGUAAAAUUUACCUUUUUACCGUCCGCCAUGUUUUCUUCGUUCUCCAUUUUGCUUUAUUUUCCACUGUUAGUCAUUCGCCUUUUGCAUUCUUUUUUCUUUUGCAUCUUUUCUCCAAAUUUCUCCUUCCGCCGUAGGACUUUUUACUCCAGUUUUCCCACCCAUUUAACUCUUACUAUUACUCCGCCAAAGUUUCCAAUCUGUCUCUUUUUUUUCUUUUUCUCUCUAUUUCCAAAUUUCUCCUUUGAACCUUCGCGCAUACUUCUUCCGAGUUUAGCUGCCAUUAAAUGUACUGAAGUGACAACAUUAUUCUCUGUCGUCUGCCGGCCGCAAGCAGGACAUUUUCUGUCUGCCUCGUUCGUGCGGCAGAUAAAGCUCUUUCAUGACCGCAGACGACAUCAAAGGAAAUUUGAUCGCCUACCUGUCUCUUUGAAAAUCUUUAAACAUGUGCCUCAACGUCCAUACACAUCGCUUACCUUCUAUUUAUCACCUGAUUUUUUCUUCUUCUUCUUCCUAAGUGUCAUUCAUACGCUUGUAAAUCGCGUAAAGAAAGAAGACAAGUCAGAAGGUGGAAGGUUUAUACUUAAGUUAGAAAGAGUACCGAAAGAUCUACCUAUCAUUCUGUCUGUUGCUCAUCUGGUCCUAGAUGAAAUUCUUUUCAUCAGAGAAGGACCUCAGUAUCCCGGCGGACCCGUGCUUGAGCUCGUUGAGCAAAGCCACCGCCUUGACCUUCCUCGACUCAUUCGAGCCAUUCGUGAUGAGAAUGAGGUGAGAUUUACGGUAGGAAGAGUAACCAAUGUCCUUCUUGAUCGUUUGGCAGAUCGUCGACUUGUGACAGCCCAUGUCGGUGGCAAUCUUGGCGUAUCUCUCGUUUCCAUCAUUGUCGACUGUCUCCUUGACGGCGGCGACGAACUCGUCGAUCGUAACGGCCGAAGAACGAACGUUGGGGGCCUUUCGUUUGGCCGUAAACUCGUCCUUAUUCUGAGACGCCUUCCACUUCCUCCAAAUAUCCAUGUCCAUGGUCCUCUUGAGCACUAA